UGAAUAUUUGAAUCUUGAUUAUUGAACCAGUCUUAGGGUUCUUCCUUGUGGCAUGAACUUAACUUCUCUUAAAAUCAUGUACCUUAGGAAUUGCACAAGUCUCACGAGUUUUCCAGAAAUUUUAGGGAAGAUGAAAAACAUUCGGAAUGUGAUAGUGGUAUAUAUGACUUACCUUCUUCAAUUGGAAAUCUUGUUGGGCUUGUAGUUCUGAUUCUAACUGGAUGCACUACACUACUUGUACUGCGAGUAGUGUUUUUAUGCUGCCAAAACUCGGGCACUUGGAAGCUCACUUUUGUUUGCGGCUUGCACAAGUAAAGAAUAGCGAAGGUCAAGAUCAAGAAACAAUGUCUUCAUGUUUCAAGGAUGCUAGUUUUGACUUUUUCUAUGUUAGUUUUGACUUUUGCUAUCUGACAGAUAAAUUUCUUGGUGCACUUCUUCCUUGCUUGCGCAAUGUUACAGAUCUAUCCCUCUGUAACAGCAAUAUCACAAUCCUUCCAUCAUCCAUCAGUGCAUCUCUUUCCUUAACAACACUUCGUUUGAAUGAAUGCAAGGAGCUUCUAGAAAUCAAAGGCCUGCCACCUAACAUAAAAUUUCUUUAUGCCUUUAAUUGCACAUCGUUAACUUCCAAGUCUAAGGAGAUGCUACUGAAUCAGACACUACACGAGACUGGGGGCAAACGUUUUCUACUUCCAGGAUCAACUAUCCCAAGUUGGUUGAAUUGCAGUAGUAAGGGUCUAUCCAUGCGUUUCUGGUUUCGUAACAAGUUCCCGGCAAUUACUUUAUAGGCUGCUGGACUUUCCCGAGGUUACGCUUUCUGUGAGUGGCAGCUGAAGGUUAAUGGUAUGCAACAGUUCCCUGUAAUUUCUCUAAGUGAAUGUGAUAGUGUUGCUGGAGCUUAUUCAAAUUUGACAAAUUAUACAAUUCUGUCCAAUCCACUCGAAAUAGGGAAUAAUAAAUUUGAAAGAUUACAUCUGAAGAAUGGAUGGAACAGUGCUGAGAUUUUGUUUGAGAAUUAUGGACGACCAAUAGAAGGUAUGAAAUGGAUAGGAGUACAUGUACAGAAAGAGAAAACAAGCAUUGCAGAUAUUCAAUUUACAGAGCCCGAGUUUUCCAUGGUCAACGAUGAAUUCCUGAAGCCAAUAAUGGUUCUUUCUGCCAAAAUAUUUCUGUAUUAAACUGAACCUCAUGGAUUUCCUAGUCUUAGGUAUCUCUGUUUUUAUAUUUUGG